AUGGGACACCCUAUUCUAGUACAGCCGUAUGAGUCGCUGAUAGACCGACAAACCACACGCGCACACCUCAAUUCUCUGAAGGAGACCGAUCCUGCAUUCUACGCUGAGCUUACAGGCACACGAUUCGAAGAACAACACGUACUAGGCUCGCCCAACACGACCUUUGCAGAAGAUGAGGCCCCUGUGGAUAUUAGCGGUGGUGACACCGAUGAUAGCGACAUCCCUCUCAAUGUGGUCAUCAACAGUGCAUUCGAACUGGACGGCGAGGACGACGUAGACUUUCCCAUCACAAUCAGCGACUCGGGCACUCUCUCGUCGGCCGCACAAACCGAGCAGCUGCAGGUCAGCGAUGACGGGCUGCCUAUCCAGAACACGAGCCUGCCGGUCAAGACCUCUCGCCAUCGUACUCAGAAGAAGCCGAUGGAGCCUUUGAGGCGCUGA